GUGAAAUCGCUCCCAGGAGUUAAACCGAAGCGGCGCACCAACGACCGACACGUCUCCCGUUCCUGAAGUCUACAUCUCCCUGACAACGGCACCAACAGCCAUCAUGAACACCUUCUACUGCCUGACGAUCCUACUAGCCGUUAUCGCCACGACGCGAGCAUUGCCCAUGGCUGACUACCACUACGAAGAAGAGUCAUCCGCUAAACAGCUGGCGGGUGCUUACGAUCUUCUCUCCAAGCUGGGACAAGCCUUCCGCAGCGAGCUAGAAACGUGCGACCUAAAAGUUGACAAGGUUUGCCAGACCAGCUACGGGAAGUGGAGAGGGCGGAUCCCCAGGAUGGUGUGCAGAUGCCCCGCCAGGACCAUGUGCGACAUGGACGGCUUUCCCGUCGGAAAAUGUGUGGAAUACUAAUUCUAAUUGAGCAGAGGAGAGAGAUUAUUCUAAGGCACGUUUCGUCAGAUGACCCCCAGACUUCUUUCCAGACAGCACACUCGUCACCUGUGGUCACCCUGCUGAUAAUUUCUGCACACCAUUUCCUGUUAUGCACAUUUGCGUAUCAGUACUUAAGUAUCAUCUGCGUAUUAGUACUUACGUUGACAUGCAUCUCUGUGAUAAACACAUUAGUUUUCGUGCCAGACAUACAUAGAAUAUUAAGGUCGUACUUGAUUUCUUCACCAAACGUAGUGUGAUCAUGAUAUGCUUACAUCACUUGUUAAUCGUUUACUGUCACAAAGAUUUAAACGGAAUCGUGAACAGUAAAUUCAAACGCUGAAAAAUUCUCGAUUAUUUGACUGGACACCUUAGCCUUUCUCGAAUCUUUUUCUAAGACCUGAGCUCUGUUUUUCUUUAUGACUUCUGCGUAAUGAAUGGUGAAGACAUAGGAUAACUAACAUAUGUAUCACAUAUGCUCAGAUUCACAAUGUGUAUCAAAAUGAAGCUUACCAGUGUUCGGACAAUGGAAAAACGUACUUCUUGUAUUCUUAAUUAGCAUUCACCUCAGACAAAUGCUAGACCAGAUGCACAGCUACUGCCACAUACUUGUAACUAUUACUGCACAUUCUGUUAGAUCUAUGUUAGGAAUAUUACACUCUUUCAUUAAAUCACUCUGUGUGCACAAUA